AUGGCUGCCUACACUGAGAGCACAUGGGGGAUCCCGCAGUGUGUUGUUGCUAUUGAUGGAUCACACAUACCCAUCAUAGCACAAGAGUACCACUGCGACUAUUUCAACCGUAAAGGGUGGCACUCCAUCAUCCUUCAAGGUGUUGUUGAUGGAAAGGGACUGAUUUGGAACGUGUUUGCAGGACUGCCUGUCAUCUUCUGUGAUGCUUGUGUUUUGAGAGGGUCCAAAUUGUGGAAGUACUUUCCUGCUUCCACAAGGAACAUCGGUGGGCUUAAUGCUGACUACCACAUCCUGGGGGAUUCUGCCUAUGCCUUGCAGAACUGGCUCUUAAAACCAUUCAGUGACACUGGAGGGCUCUCAGCAGAACAGCAGAUUUACAAAAGGAAAAUCUGCAGGACACAGCCGGUGACGCAGGUGAUGAAGGUGCUGCCUGUGCUGGAGUUGCCGGGGCCGCUUCUCCUCCUGCCCGUGCUGGAGUCGCAGGGGCCGGUGCUCCUCCUGCCCGUGCUGGAGUCACAGGAGCCGGUGCUCCUCCUGCCCGUGCUGGAGUCACGGGAGCCGGUGCUCCUCCUGCCCGUGCUGGAUGCGCAAGGGCCGGUGCUCCUACUGCCCGUGCUGGAGUCGCAGGGGCCGGUGCUCCUCAUGCCCGUGCUGGAUUCGCAGGGGCCGGUGCUCCUCCUGCCCGUGCUGGACUCGCAGGGGCCGGUGCUCCUCCUGCCCGUGCUGGAGUCGCCGGGGCCGGUGCUCUUCCUGCACGUACUAGAAUCGCCGGGGCCGAUGCAUCUCCUGCCCGUGCUAGAGUCGCCGGGGCCGAUGCAUCUCCUGCACGUGCUAGAGUCGCCGGGGCCCAAGUGUCGUCCAAUCCAGGAUAAAGUGAAAGAGGAAAACCCUGCACAGGAUGUUAUUUUCCUUUACUGCAUCAUUCAUUAGGAAUCUCUAUGUAAGUCUGUUUUGCAGCUUAAUCAUGUGGUGAAUCCAGUAGUAAAACUGGAGAAUUGUAUUCAAGCAAGGGGACUCCAGCAGCGUCAGUUCAUUACGUUCCUGGAGGAAACCGAUGCGGCUCACCAGGACUUACUUUACCACUCUCGUGUCCGCUGGUUAAGUUUGGGCAAAGUGUUGCAAAGAGUGUGGGAGCUCAAAAAUGAGAUUAGCGCAUUUUUGGAGUUAGUGGGGAAAUCCGACGAAUUUCCUGAGUUGAGUGACAAGAACUGGCUUUGCGACUUAGCGUUUGCUGUGGACAUAUUUACCCACAUGAAUGAGCUGAACAUAAAGCUACAGGGGAAAGAUCAGUUUGUGUAUGACAUGUACACAAAUGUGAGAGCCUUCAAAUCCAAGCUGACUUUAUUCUCCAGACAAAUUUCAAAUGAGUCUUUCGGUCAUUUCCCCACACUAGCCACGCAGAGAGAGGCCACCCGAAACGCAAAGAAGUACAGUCAAUCGCUGGACGACCUGCACAGAGAAUUCUGCUGCCGGUUCUCUGAUUUUGAAAAAAUUGACAAGUCCCUUCAGCUGGUGUCCUGUCCCUUGUCAUACGACCCUGAAACAGCACCGCAUGACCUGCAACUGGAACUGAUCGAUCUUCAGUCUGACUCAAUCUUGAAGGAGAAGUUUAACUCUCUUAAACUGAAUGACUUUUAUGCUGCACUCAACGAAGCCACGUUUCCAAACCUCCGGAGGACGGCACAGAAGAUGCUGGCGUUGUUUGGCUCGACCUACUUGUGUGAGCAGACGUUCAGCGUCAUGAACAUCAACAAAAACCCUGACAGAUCAAAGUUAACUGACCAACACCUCAGAUCCAUUCUGAGAAUUGCCACAACAAAACUAACCCCAGACUUUGAUGCACUGGCAAAAAUGGGAGCCCAACAACACUGUUCCCACUGAAAAGUAACGUGAGUUUCUCUGCUGUUAUAAAAUAAAUGCAAUGUUUGCUUUGCUGCCUGUUAAAGGUCAAAACCUUUUUAUAUAAUAGUUUUUACACGUCAUUACAUUAGUUCACAUAAACA